UUCGCAAAAGAACCAAAAAAGUAAAAAAAAAAAAGAAAAAAAGAAAAGCUCAGACGCUGUCAAAGUUUUCUGUGUACAAUUUUGCCAAGUGGAAAAUUAUUAAGAGAAAUUUUCCCAAUUUAAAUUAAAUUUUUUUUUGGAUUUUUCUGGGUGAAUGAGAGAGAAGAAUAAUGUCAACGAGGGAUGAUAUUGAGGGUGAUCUGGAUGCACCUGGUAAUGGUAUUGAUGGGAAUAUUGUUGAAUCAACUGAUGAUGGCCAAUUGAAACACAAUAAAAUCUGUCGAGAUUUCAUAAAAGGUGGAUGUCGAAGGAAAUUCUGUCGGUAUCCUCAUGUUCUAUCACCAGAACUUGUUGUCUUUUGCCAUGACUAUCAGAAUCAGAGUUGCAACAGGGUCAGUUGCAAAUUUCUCCAUUAUUCAAUUCAAGAGGAAGAAUACUAUCGACGUUUUGGUGAAUUUCCUGUGACAACAUGUGAUGAUGAUAGUCCACCAAUUCACUGUAUUUAUGCUGGAUCACGACGUGGACGAAUGUUUAGGCCACUGCCAAUUCAUGAAGGUACAGCAAAGAGACCACCUGAUGAUCUUCCUCCUCACAGUUGCAGAUUCAAGAGAUUCCGCGAUGAUGAUACUCCAGAUGUUUUUGCUGCUUUGAGACGCUUUGAGGAGGAUGCUGCCAUGAUGCGUCGACGGAUUGAGGCCAAUGAGAUGAAGAUAGCCGAAUUGAGGGCAAGCAAUGAAUUCCUCCUGGCCCAGAUGCGUCUCACAACACAGUGUUCACGUGUAGUUAAUCCUGUCACCAAUACCACAUCAACCCAACCACCUGGUCAAACUGCCCAGGUACUCAGUGGUGUAUCAAUGGCACCGGUUCAGGUGCAGGCUACCCCAAUUGUCAGUAUGGCAGCACCUCAGACACAAAUAAUUGCCAGCAGUGGACCACCAAUUAUUGCUGCCAACACAAGUCAGGGUCAGCAAUUGGCCAUUGCAGCUGCCCAACAGACCCUAAGCACCUCAGCACCACCCCUUGGACCUCCGCAUGCACCCCAGCUACUCAGUACGUCACAGAUAACCCUAGCUCCGGCUCUUCCGGCCCCAAGCAUGGGACUCACCAUUAAUACAUCCCAGGCUCUGGCAAUGUCCAAUGCUACUCAACCGAUCAUCUCCUAUCCUGUAAUGACUCACUCCAUUCUGCCCCAUUGAACUUUUGUGCAUUGAAGGAAAUAAAGGAGCCUGGUCCGGGUUCAGUAACAUA